AUCCAGACACACUUGGAACCCAUGCGAUAAGAAGCUACUGCUACAGCUUUCUCCCUCUCCCUCUCCUCACUCUGAGAUGCUCCAAUCUUGUCUUCUUCCAGGGAUAAUGAUGCCUCUCAGUAGAAGCCUAAAGCUUUUCAGUAUUUGCUGUGGCCUGCUGCACUGAUUUCUUGGUCCAUGUGCACCGGGCCUGCUCCUGUAUGAUCGUAUAUAUAACUGAGAAAGAGGUAGAAGAAGGCCACCAACCAUCCACGCAAUUACUUUCAGCUUGUUUGUUUCUUGCCGUUGCCUCCCUGGCCUCACUUUGGCUGCUGCAGGCACUUAAGAGCUCGGAGAAGAACAGCAUCGACAUGGUGAAAGACAUGCCGAACGAUCCCACGCCCUCGACCCAGAUCUCCUUGGACGUCAUGCAGUUUGCCGAGCUCGGAUCGAAGCUGGCGCUUAACCAGUUCGAAGUCUCUGCUCAGGACCAGAGUUGCUUCCUCAAGUUGCAUGACGACGACUUGGUGAUUUCUUCCACCGCCUCGCGUCCGUCGCUUCUUCCUCCUCCACUAGCUACGAGUAGGUUGGACGAGGUGCGACAGCUCCAGAACCGGCGGAAGAGGGCAAGAGCUUGGAAGACGAGCGAGGAGGUGGAGAGCCAAAGGAUGGCGCACAUCGCAGUGGAACGCAACAGGAGGAGGCAGAUGAAUGAGCAUCUCCGGGUGCUGAGAUCUCUCAUGCCCGGAUCUUAUGUGAAAAGGGGAGACCAGGCGUCCAUAGUGGGUGGAGCCAUCGAGUUGGUGAGAGAGUUAGAGCAACUCCUACAACGCCUGGAGUCCCAAAAGAGACGAAGACUCUUCGGCGGUGGCAAAGCUCCAAAAUCGGUGAUGGAUGGCCCGCCGCUGCCUCUCCAGCAGCGCCACCAGGUUAAUCUUCUUGAUCUCGACCACGGCAGCCGCCUCCGGGAGGAGAUUGCGGAGAACAGGUCCUGCCUGGCCGACGUCGAGGUCAGGUUGCUGGGCUUCGACGCCAUGAUCAAGAUCCUCUCUCGUCGGCGGCCGAGGCAGCUCAUCAGGACCAUCGCAGCCCUCGAGGACUUGCAGUUGGCGAUCCUCCACACCAGCAUCGCCACCAUCGAGCCGACCGUUCUCUACUCCUUCAACGUCAAGAUUUCAAGCGAAUCCCUAUGCACUGCGGAAGACAUUGCCAACUCCGUCCAACGGAUCCUGUGCUUCAUCGAUGCAAACACAUCAUCACAAGCGUAAAAUUAAACAGGGUGAAACCGUAGCAUUUCCUGGUUUCUUCUUCUUCUUCUUCUUCUCUCUCUCUCUCUCUGUACGUAUGUAGCCAAUCUUAUUGGCACUGCUCACUGUACCUGCUUACAUUAUGCAACUAUGAAGCAUGCAUGUUGGGUGUGAAUCGAUCCUUAUCCAUCCAAGGGAGAUAAAGACCACGCGUGGACUUUGGAGGUCAACCACGCGUGUACUUUAGCGAACGCUGCCACGGUUUGACUCGUCAGGGCCGGAUAAGGUCAGAGCAUGCUCAAAGACAAGCAAAUUGCUGGCCGGGUUUCCCCAUUGCACUGUCUUGCUUACUGCAGAAACCCUUCUCGGUCAGAGGAAACGUUGAAAUGAGCUGUUACAACCGAAUGUAUUGCACAUUUUUUAAAGCAUAAUAUUGUUAGAA